AUGUCCCCACGUGUAGAGAUCGAAUAUCUGGUUAGAUACGUACCCAAAAACCCACAUAAAGUAUGGUUCCUACACAAGAAGGGCCGCUUUGGAAGGGUGGACGUGGUACGAGAUGCUGUAUGUGACGAGAUUUGUCAGUAUAGACUGGAUCGAGACCCGCAAGAAGAACCGGCGAUUAGUAGUCUGAUCAAUGAUGAAAAUCCCACAGUACUCACUUUGGAUAAAUCACAAACUUUUCAAGAGGAAACUGAGCAUACCAAGCAAGGUGAAGCUCCAGAUACAGAUCUGUAUAUAGGGAGAGAGAGAAGCCAGAGAGAGAGACAGGCCUCCAACUCGAACCGAGGCCCUUUCGUUAAAACAGCCAAGGAGCAGAGAGACGAAGAUUGCAAGGUUCAUAUCGAGGAGCUACAUCGAAUCCAUUGUCUUGAACAGCAGAAGGAAUGGAGAGCGACUGCGGUGUUUCAGCAGCCAUCGAAGCCAACUCACAACUAA